AGGGGUUUGCUGCAUUGAGUUCUUUGUCACUGCAUUCUUCACAGAUGUCAGCUCCUUCGCUCGCUAGUGAGAUCGCGCAGCUGCACGAGCUAUUAAAGCUUGGUGCGCUGACAGAGGAGGAGUUCAACACGGCCAAGCAGGCAACAAUUCGCAACUUCACCUCUAGCGUACGUGGGCCUCCCGCCGCUGUUGCUGCCACGGCCGUCGCCGAAGCGAACUCUUCUGCACAACAGCUGAAGGCCCCAGAAGCGAGUAAUGCGGCUGAGCUGUCCGCGCCACCCAGUGCAGCAACUCUAGCUACGUCUGCGCCUGUAGCGGCGCCCUCUACUGUGGAGGCGGCAGUUCCAAUGCGUUCACGGGUGGAGUGGCAACAGCUGUGGAGUCGAUCGCCGCUUCGCCUGCCCGUUGAACAGGCGGCCGCUUCGUCCCCUCCCAUCGACAUCGUGGAUGUGCGCACCCAGGCCCUUCGCUGCGCCGACCGUCUUUUUCGCAACGUGCAGUCCCACCCGACCGAGGCGAAGUACAGACGCAUCCGCGGGACGAACAGGGUGGUGGCGCAGGAGCUGCUGCUGGUGGAGGCGAGUGCAGCGCUGCUCCGUUUUGCCGGCUUCACCCGAGAGGAGGUGGCGGAGGCAACGCCGCAAGACGCCACGAUCGUGUCCACAACAGGCAGCAUCGGUGUGCCUUCCACCUAUGUGUGGGUGCAACACGAUGAACCCGCCGAAGCGGCCCGUAAAGCAGCGGCGGCGUGUCGACUGGUGAGCCACCUGUUGGAGUACAUGGGUAAGCAGCAGUCGCGGCGAUUCGGAGUGCAGAGGCUGUGGCGGUCGGUGGCGCUGGAGGUGCGGCUGGAGCGGGCGGCGCGUGAGGCGGCGGCGGCGGGCUGUGGUAGCGGUGACAAAGAUGGACCGGACGCUUCGAGCGAAAUCGAUGACGACGAUGAAGAAGAAGAAAAGACGGAGACAGCAGAUCACGCAACGUCUGCUUUGCAUCCUUUCCUUUCGUAUCUUGUGGAGUGCUACGCUGUCGAUGAAGCUGGCGAUGGGCUUUACUCCUCUCUGCAGCAUCUGCUGACCUUGCAGAAGAUGUACGAGGCACAGCUGACGCCCACGCCCACUAGUAAUGCCGCCGCCACUACUCCUAUUCCAGCUGCAACAGCGCGAUCGCCGUCGUCGUACUCGCUGCUCGAAACAGCGGAGGUGUACGGCGCAGUCGUGCAGCAGCGCGGUGCGAUUGAGCUGCUCUUGAACGGGUGUGGCGCGCAGCUGCAUCCUUUUCCAGCUGCGGUGCAACGCGCCGGUGUUCCGAUCCCCCAAGGCGAAGGCGAACAGAGCACGGCAGCGUCGUCAUCAUCGUCUUCACUUGCGCUCUCUUCUCCCUUCUGCCCCGGCGAGUUGUACUGGAUUGAGCUUCUUCCCCUCUCUGUCCGAAGCAGCAACGACGACCCGGCGUCGCAUGUGGCGCGCUGUGUGCGCUUGAUCAAGCGAGUGCGACGGGAGGUGGAGCGCGUGCAGCGGCGACGUGCGCAGGCGGCCCGCGAAUCGGCAGAGAAGUCGAUGCGUCAAGAGUUGAAGCGCGAGCGGCAGCGCCAGCAGCUGGAGCAGGGCCGCGUGCGGGGUGAAGUGGACACGAAAAGUCAGUCGCUGCCGCGUCGCGUGCGACUGCAGGGUGCGCCACGCUGCGCCUCCUCCUCCUCUUCUUCUUCAUCGUCCACCGACGCGCACCGGGCCGCGAGACAGCAGCAUUCGCGCGACGGCGGAGGCGGUGAAGGGGCGGGGCGGGGGAGACGUGUUCCUAUUGCGGAGGCCUUGGCGAUUCUGAUGGGGAAGAAGAGUCCGCCGUCCACCCGACCACCCGCCGCGUCGUCUCCGUCGCCGUAA